AUGUUUAUACAUUCAGACUCUUUCCCUAGCAUCAACAAGCACGUCAACUCACUCAUCCUUUGGUUGGAUUACUUGAUUAAUGAUAAACCAUCUUCUAUAACACCAUAUAAACCAUUCUUAUUCGCUGCUCAUCUUUACGAUUCGUUCUACGCUCCAUGGCCAUACUCAACUCUCCCUUCAGCUGAAUUUGACUCGCAAAUUGACGAUCCAUUCCUGACUGAUAUGUCAUUAAACAGUCAAUCAAUCACUUUAAAUUAUUUUGGAUCUAAACUUGAACUGAUACCUCCAAUUUCUUCUCACGCUGCAUUUCUCACUCUAUACAAGUUUAAGAAUGAUCUACCAAAACCAAAUCUCAAGAGCUAUGACUUUGAUAGUGAAUUUAUUCGGUUGUCUCAGUGUACAAACCCGUCCAGCUCACCAGGUUGUCACGCCAGUCUAUUCCAGAAUCACUUUCAAGGUGCAUGGGAAGGAUUCUUCUGUUAUUAUGAGUUUGACGAUUACCGAGACAUACUAGCAGGCUCAAUCGACACGCUAUACAAUGGAGUGCACGCCAUUCAACCUCAAGUGUGGAGGCUAAAUGAGACAUUGGAAGACUACAGGAAACCCUCUUCAUUGUCAACUCUACAAGAUAUCUGCGGCGGUCAUGACGAUCAGCAUCUCUCUAUAAAAAGAAGUGACGAUACCAGGAGUACCAGGAGUAAUACAAAGAACGAACUGCUAAUACAACCAGAAACCAUCGACGACGGCAAAGAGAUUCACUUGAAUGGUUUGGGACACUCCGCCUGGGGACGCUUUAAGCUACGUGGGAAGGUGAGAGCAUGGGAUGGGAUGUUUAUGUUAUGCAAGGAGUAUACGCCUGAUGGACGUGGUAAGUGGUUCUAUAGAGGAUACAGUCUACCAGGUGGAGUAUUGGUUGGUCGAUGGCGCGAUACCUAUACGCCUGAAGUGCUAAGCGGAUAUGAAGUAGUGCUAGAAAGAGAUGGACAUGAAAACAAGGCCAAAUAUGAUCUCAAGUAUGCGGAUAAGCUGUCACAGCGACUGAGGCAAGAAGGCGUUGAAUCGCUUGAAGAGCUCAAGAAGAAGCUUGCACCGGGAGCAGCAGCGGUAGAAGAAGAGAAGCCAGACGCGACAGAGACAAUGAAAGAAAAGCAUCCAAAAGCAGCCGCAGUGACACCGAACCCAGAUCAGCUAAAAGUAGAUACGGGCAAAGACGAAUAUUUUGUCGGCUCAGUUGAUAAAGUUGAAGGGCGCAAAGAGGGUGACGGUACAGGCGUUAAGCCACUAGACAGCAUAAUAAAUGUUGGCAAGAUGGCUGAGCUACCAUUGGACCACAUUUCAAAGCUGUGGAAUGCCCACCACUCUUCAAAGGACAAUUAUCUCAGUGCUACAAUCCCUAAAGAUACUUACGAGGGGUUGUACACUCAGGCGAGAAAGUAUCCAGCAUUCGUUAUACCAAUUCCACGUGAAGUUAAGGGCGAUAAGCAGGAAGACAAGACGGGCUAUGAGGUGUUCUAUCUCGAAUGGGGAUUCCUUCCAGAUACAUUGGGAAGUGGUACGCGUCCGAGCACACUUAUUUUCACCAGCCUCAAUGAGUAUAAACAGAGACAAGCAUUCGCUCAGCCAUUCGUCAGUUGCACGCACUACACUGAUCUUGCAAAAUCCCAUGACGCCGUCCUGAUGAGAGGUGAGGUGACAGCAGUGCAAGCAGAUGAUAAGGCGUUGGCUGUACUAGACAGUAAAGAUGCCCAACUGCUGAUUCUCACCAUGCAGCGUUUCUACAACGCUCACAAAUUCACCGAUAACAGUAGCAAGGAUAGAGCUAAGCUGUUACAUAACUUCCACUUUAACCAAUCUGACUUUGAUUUUGAUAGACUUUGCGCAUUAGUGGAGGAGAUUUGA